CGGCCCGUGCAGUACCUACGGGACGCCCGCCAGCGCGAGUCGCGCAUUCGCACGCUGUGGGUUCUGAUCUUCGUGAACCUGUUUCUCACGGUGUUGCAACUGUUUUCCGGGUACGUCGCGAGUUCGCUAUCGUUGUUGGGCGACGCAGCCAUGAUGUUUGUGGACGUUAUCGGAUACAUCGUCUCUUUGAUCGCCGAGAAAACGAAAACGCCGAGGAAGAAAAAGCGGGCUGACCGGUAUUUUUACUACAGCGUGAAGAUGAAGUUUAUUUUCUGCAAGACGAACAAGGCAAUUAGGUGAUUUCAGAAUUCAGUGAAUUCGUGAAGAUGCAAGGUUGUCGGUGAGUAAAGCUGAAGACCACUUCUUUUCGGCUCUAGAGCACCAGGAACAGCUGCUUCUGAUUUAUUGUUUCGUGCCAUUUAUGGAUGUUCAUGUUCUUGCGAGUCAACAAGUGUCAUGUUGAUUUGAUGCCCCUAUAAUACGCCACUUCGAGGUACGGUGCGCUGAUUUCGUUUCUGCUGUUGGGUGUAACGACGGUGAUCGUGCUUUUCGAUGCUGCAGAUCGUCUGACCGGGCCGGACGAAUACGGCGACGUGGACGGUCGUAUGAUGAUGGGCUUCACGAUUAUCAACCUGGUUGCGGACGCUUUCCUGCUGUACGUGUUUCGCAACAACGUGGAGGGUGCGACGCUGGUUCUUGCGGACGAGGAGGUAGACGGUUCGGGUGCAGCGCAGGAGACCACCGGGGCCGCUGUUGGAACAAGCCAUGAUGACCACCAAUCAGGGGCGGGAGACAUGAUCGGGGAUGGGUCACCGCCUCCACAAAGUGGAACAGCGUCAACGACAAGAUUUUCUGGAGCCGCGACCGGAGGUGGGCAUACAACAACUCCUGCCGGAGCUCGUGCCGGCGCGCCGGAGGAAACCAGUCUGAACAUGUCUGCGGCCUUGGCGCACCUUGUCGCGGACAUCCUGCGGGGCGUGUCCGUGCUUGUCAGCGGUUUCAUCAUCUGGACGAACCCGGCUGCGAAUUCGGUGCGCGUGGACGCAGUCUGUUCCUUUUUCGUGUCUCUGUUCAUUCUUGCGGGCACGCUGCAGAUCGGCAGCAAGUUGGUGUUCGACUUUCGGUCCGCCCGCCGGUAU